AUGGGGGAUGGCUCGGCGGGUGCCCCUGCAGAGUCCCCCCCGGCCCAGCACGGCUCCCUCCCACCCACGCAGCACAUCCACGGGCAGUUGCUGAAGAUCAACACCUCCGGCACGGCCACCCCUGCGGGGGCACCCCCGGGCAGCGACGUCCCCCCCAGCCCCUGUGUUGACCCCCACAACCAAGACCUGGGGGACCCUGCAGAAGACCUUGAAGUGUCUGAGGAGAUGCUUCUGCAGGAGGCCCUCAGACUCUUCGGUUGUUCCUUGGACGUGGUGGGGGACAGCCAGGGCGGUCCCAGCAGCAGCCCUGUGCCUGGCCACCCCAGUGGCACCAGCGGAGAGAGGACAGGGGUGGCCCCAGCCUGCCCAGUGCUGCCGACAUCCAUCCCCGGCUACCAGCACAUGCAGGGGCAGUCGGCAAAGAUCAACACCUCCGGCACGGCCACCCCUGCAGGGGCACCCCCGGCCAGUGACAUCCCACCGGGCAGCGACGUUGCCCCCAGCCCCUCCGCUGCCCCCCACAGCCAAGCCCUGGGGGACACUGCAGGUGACCUUGCCGUGUCCGAGGAGAUGCUUCUUGAAGAGGCCCUCAGACUCUUCGGUUGCUCCCCGGACACGGUGGGGGCCAGCCAGGGUGGUCCCAGCAGCAGCCCCGUGCCUGGCCACCCCAGUGGCACCAGCAGAGAGGGGACAGGGGUGGCCCCAGCCUGCCCAGUGCUGCCGACAUCCAUCUCCGGCUACGAGGACAUCGAGGGGCAGUCGGUGAUCAACACCUCCAGCACGGCCACCCCUGCAGGGGCACCCCCAGGCUGCGACAUCCCCUCAGGCAGCGACGUCCCCCCCAGCCCUUCCGCUGCCCCUCACACCAAAUCCCCUGGGGAUGUUGCAGGUGCCCUUGCGGUGCCUGACGGGGUGCUUUUUGAAGAGGCCCUCAGGCUCCUUGGGUGCUCCCUGGACAUGGUGGGGGCCAGCCAGGACGGUCCCAGCAGCAGCCCCGUGCCUGGGGACACUGGUGGCACCCCCAACUGGGACUUCAGCCCCUCGUUGCUGCCUGAGGAGCUGCUCACCCUUGACUCCUGCAUCCCCGAGCUCAGCGACACCACGCUGAGCCUGGAAAUAUUCCACGGCAUCGGGAUGGAGCCCCAGGAGCCACGGGAGGAUGCGGGCAUGGACCUGCCACCAUCCCCGUCUGCCGUGGCAGAGGAGCGGAGGAAGAGGCAGGCGCAGAGCUCCUUGCCAAUGCCACCCAGCAAGCGCAGGGCUCUGGCAGACAACAUGGGGGUGUGAGGGGGGGAACCGCUCCGUGCCUGUGUGGGACGGGGAGGGAGCGCGGGGGGCACCGGGAAACGGCACCCAAGAGGUGCAAAAGCCCCACUGAGCCCCAGAUCCGAGCCGGCGAGCCCCGAGGGGAACCCAGCCACCCCCAGGCCCGAGUCACCACCAGCGGGGCAGGCGAUGGUGGGGGGGGACGGGAACGGGAACGGGAACGACUGCCCUGUCCCCUUCCCCAGGGGAAGCAGCCCUUUGGUGGGGAAGCCAGGACAGACAGGUCCCUGCAGCACUCACGGACACGGCCCCACGCAGAAAGCAGCACGCAGCCCCUGGGGCAAGGACAGACCUUGGGGGCCGGGGGGGGACACGGACACACACGACAACAAGGGCUGCAAGGCCUUCGUCUUGAACCCCACCAGCGUCCCCUCCAGCGGGGACAGGGCUCGCUGCAAAGCCCUUCAAAGCCUCAAGACAAUCACACCCUUCCUCGCGUCCCACCGCGCUCAGCCCCGCAGCCCAGCUUUGCCUCACCGACACAGCAAAAUAACCCCAAAUCACCCCAAGAAUGGCGAGGGAGGGAGCUGCGGGCCAGGCAGGGGCCCUCCGCCCCUUCUCUGGCUGCACCUCGGGCAGCCGCAAGACCAAGAAGGGGGGAAAAAAAUGAAUAUAUAA